AUGGAAAUCGAAGAGCUAAAGGUAGAUGAAACUGAAGAGCAAAUAGAAGAACCAGAGGAAGCUGAGGAACCAAAACCCGAUGAAUUGAAGUUAGCAAGGGUCGAAUACGAUUAUGAAGCAAAGGAACCCGAUGAAUUAUCUCUUGACAUAGGUGACAUCGUAACUGUACUUGAGCAAGGAGAACAGGGUUGGUGGAAAGGUGAUUUGAACGGAAAAGUUGGCUCUUUUCCCGCAAACCACGUCAAAUUAAUUGAAAACAAAGGAAAAUCUGACGAGGGGGGAGUUGAGGAAAACACUGAAGGAAAAGGGAAGUUAUCAAAAAAAUUAAUAAAUUAUGGUGUCAAGCCGGGUGGUGUAGGAAGUCUGUUUGCUGGCGGGUUCCCUUUGAAGAACGCUAGAAGAAACCAGAACAUAUCAGAGCCGGGUGAUUCACCGAAAACCGAAGAAAAACGUGAGAUAUUAACUCACGUGUUAAGAAAAACGAGCCGUAGUUUAUCCGAGGAUAGCGCAGAAAAAUCGACGGACAAUAAAUUCGAGACGCCGCAUUCGCCCAAAUCCGUACGUGGACAAGAGUCUGCGUUGAGAGCUGCUCCCCCGUUCCCUCGAUUGCCACCUAAAAAGCGACCACCAAAGCCGAAGCCUGAGCCAAAAGCUAUCGUCCUUUAUGAAUAUGAUGCGACAGAAGAUGAUGAAAUUUCCUUGAGGGAAGGAGAAACCAUUGUAAUUCUGGAAAAGAUCGAAGAUGACGGUUGGUGGAAGGGUAGAAAUGAGGAAGGGUCUGUCGGAAUAUUUCCGUCUACUUAUGUGAAAGAGAUCGCGAUGGAGGAGAAAACACAAACAGUGGAAGAUAUUGAAUCAAAGGUUGAAAGUACCCCGCAUGAACCUAAACUUGAACAUAAACCCGAACCCGAACCUGAGCCCGAAGUUGAGCCCGAACCUGAACCCGAACCCGAACCUGAGCCCGAACUUGAACCCGAACCUGAACCCGAACCUGAACUUGAUCCUGAACCCGAGCCUGAACUUGAACCCGCGUUCGAACCCGAACCAGAGCUUGAACCCGAACCCGAAUCUAAACCCGAACUGUCACCUCGCAGUCCUCGUCAUGAUAAAUCAAUAGAUAAGUAUGAACCUGCAGGACACGAAGAGGAUCAUGUUCAUGAGGAUUCACACAGCGAAAGUUCCGUAGACUUGCCUGCAGUCCCCACCCACGAGGACUCACCUUCAACUCCUUCUAACCGACGAUCUUUGGAUCUGUCAACUAAGCGACAAUCUCAACAUGAAUUAGAUUUGCCUUCUUCGAGAGGAUCCUUGAGUGAUCAUGACAACAACGAAGAGACCUAUACCAAUCGUUCCCUUGGAUCUCCAGAAUUGCCUAAUAAUGAUCAACCAAGAUCAUUACCGGAGAGACGCAAAUCAAAAAGCGGAUCAUUACCUGCUGCACCAUCAGCCAGUGAAGAAUCGACUGAGGAAUCCCAAGACACUCCGAUUUCCACCGCUCCUCCAGUUUCGCUCGUUAAAAGACCAAUCCCCCCGCCUAGAUCGACGCAUACCUCAUAUGAGGGUAAAACCGACGCUGCCAAGUUGACCCAACCACAUUUGGCAAAACCACCCUCUGUCCCGAGGCUCGGAUCAACUCUGGCAAAACCACCAUCUGUUCCCAAAAGAUCUUCGACAUCUAGUAAAAAUGGUUCGUCUGUAUCUGAGGAGGCAGUUCGCGAAAUCGCUACCGAAUCGGAGAAAGAAGAUAAGCCACGUGAGUUAGAUUUGGAAGAAAGAGGCGAAAAUAUCGAUGAAACCGUGGACAGCAAAGAAUCCGAAUCCACAAUAAUUGACGAACAUUUUGAGAAAGAGGAGGCGGACGUCGUUGAUGAGACGAGUAAAGGUGUUGAACAUGAAAGUAUCAACGAAGAGUUGGCCGUCGCUGAUAAGACUAGCGAAACGGGGUCCGUACUUCCACCGUUGCCAACUGGGCCUAGAUUGAUGAAUUUAGGUGCCGAAAGACCAGCACUCAAAGGCAGAAGGCCACCAGCAAAACGCACAGUGAAUCAAAGUCAAACCGAAAUCUUGGAACAAUCGGUCGCAAUGGAGAAAGACGAAGUAGAGGAAUCCAAACAAAAACCUAUCAGCAUACCACCUAAACCGGUGAAACCAAGCAUGUUUAAGUUGCCAAUUUCUGGUGGAGGGUUACCUCAAGUUACUUUACGAUCGGUUCCAAAAAAACCUGUGGAGCUAUCAGCCUCUUCGACGACAACCACCACAACAACGACAUCAUCUGUCACAACCAACACCACGGAGGUUGAACCAAUCAGUAAGCCGUCCGUGAAAUCGAUUACCUCAAGGUUUAACAUUCCAAAUCAGUCAACCGAUGUAGAAAUAAGAUUAAGGAAAUGGUUCAACGAAGAGAUAAGUAAGGUUAAAGGUCAUUUUGAAGCACAGUUGGCCGAGGAACGGAGAAAACGCGAAGAAUUGGAAGAAUUGGUUCGUGAAAUUGGCUCUAGGCUUGAAUGA